AUGAAGUCUCGAGGUAUAUCGACAGAAGGGCUGCAGACAUUAGACCAGAUGAAACAGAGGGCAAAAAAGGCACUCAGAAUAUCAGAGGAGGUAAGGAUGUAAAUAUAUACGGCUGUGUAUCGAUUCAAACUCAGGGUACACUGACAUUGCCAUGCUGCUGCAAAAUUAUUAAGAAAUGAACUUAAAUACCGGGCCUAUGGUAAUAAGAAUCGGUGAAGUUAUCGCCCGAAAUUAUCAAUCAACUGUCAUGCGGCCGGCCGUACAUUACAGCAAUCUAAAGCGAAACCAAUAGACACCAAUAAUUUUAUUAGUUGUCGAAUGGUUGUCAAACCAAACAUUCUCCAGAUUUAGAGCUUAUUAAUUAAACUACUAAAGCUCUUUGUUUUACGUUUAUGAUUUCGUUAUUUCAAGCGUAAAUCACUCAACGAAAUCACCUAGAAGGGUGAAACUUGAUAAUCCGCUUAGCACGGUUCAAUGGACUCCCAAAAUUGUAUUCAAAGCGAAUAUGUUUAGAAUGUCAGGCGUACAUAUUAAUAUGUACAAUAAACAAUAAACAAUAUUGUUUCUCCUCCCUCGCCAAAUUUGUAAAGAAGAACUUCUUUAACGAGUGCCGGUUGGACUUGGGCUCAAACUCCGAUUUAGAGCUAUGAUGAUAGGCUGUUGACAAAUUUAUCAGGACUCUCAUCCGACGUUAUUUACCGCUUUAUAUUGGCACUAACCGCCCUUCUCUUACAAGUAAAUUCCUUUCAUAGUUUCUGCUCCUUUGAUAGAGGGAACCUCACCGUUUUUCUGGGUGGAGGAUGGGUGGGAGAUAACCCAUCGAUAUUUUCACUUACACCGAUAUGUGAUCUUGCGUGAUAAAGGAAGGGGGGGGGGAAUUGACGAGGUCUGGAACGCGGGAACAAUGUUCUCACAACUUGCAAAGCGAUUAAUACGCAUGCUAGUCAGCGGUAUCUUUAAACAGCUUAGGACCGUUGUUGUUCCUGAUGUUUUAAGCAAAUUUUCGAAGAUAGGAAAUGUUUUCUUUAGAUGGAUUGUAUGAUGUCAGCGUCAGUUGAAAUUAUAUUCUAUUGAGCGCGACUUAUAAUUCCGGAUUACGAAAAUGAGCGAAAAUUGAAGGAAACGACGGUAAAUUACUUCGUGUUAAGACAUCACUGGUCGAUUGAAGUGUGUACACGUGAGCAACGACAACCAGAAUCGUAUGGGCCGUUCUCUUAUAUCUUCUCUUGAAGUUGCCAGGUAUGAUUGCUUGCCCACCGUUUUUCCCUAAUCUUUCAACCUCCUCUGAUAAGCGUAGGAAAUUCAAAAGAAAGGCAAUUUUCAACUCGCGUUUGAACAUGUAAUUUUUAAAAACUUUUUCAAUUUGGCCAUUCUUGUUUCAUGAUUGUCCUCUGGGUGGAAAUACACGACGUCUAUUAUUUCAUUCGGUAACCUAUGCUGCAGCUGUAUAUAAUGUGGAUGUCUUCAAGAGAACUUGAGAUAAUACCUGGAUUUCACUUCCACAUCAUAUUAAUAAAUUCCAAACAUCAAUCAAGUUUUCUCUUUAGUUUAAAAGUUGAGUUGAUGUUGUUAUUUGCUAUAUUAAAUAGGUUCAAAACCUUUAGAUGGUAUUUUCUCAUAUUUGCUAUUAAUUGAAUUUACUGGAAGGUGGAGUUGUUGCAACAUGUUAACAUGAAAUUCAAUAAUGAAUUUUAUUGAUAUGUAAAAAGCUUUCAUUUGACUAAUACUGGCAAGUCUUUGUAUUAUAUUUCAACCCAACCAUUUUCCACAACUUGUAAACACCAUUACAGAGAAAUUAGUCAGGGAAAUGGAAAAUUUGUGGCGUGUACACCAUGUUUGAACUGCCAUUUCCAUAAUAAGCUGAAAGGAUUGAGGAGGGUGUAUGUGGGAAUAGGCUCUCUUGUCUGUAUCAUUAAUUUGCUAAUUUCCCCUGUUGGCAAUGUUUUCAUGAGGUUGGGCUUUCAGAGCAAAGGAACUGAGGAUUUUCGUAGGCAAUAACUUUUUUCAAACCUGGAAACUAUCAUUGUGAAAGCCAUACUUGUUCUUGGUAACUCAUUCUUAUUCUGAUGAACUAGUUUUACGAAGGAUAAGUAUUUUAUUCCAUAAAUGUGAUACAUAGGCUGUGCCAAAAAAUUUAAUUUGACUCUAGUUUUAUAGCUAAUACCAAUCCCUACACAUAAAAAAAAAUGUUAGGAGGAUCAGAGGAAAAAAAAUUUUAAAAAAUGUUAAAAAAUUAAAAAAUCUGACCGAUUGACAUGAUGAGUCUUUACAGUGUUGUUGUCACACAACCACUCGUUCGCGUCUGAAGCUUUUAUAGUUAUUGGCGAUGUUUACCUUGCUUUAUUCGCCAUGAGAUCCUUAUAAACUUUGUUGGAAGAAAACAAAAUGGUUUUUGACUAAAGAUCUUUUACUUUUCUCUAUGUUUAACUUCUAAUAAGUUUUACUGGAUUGAAGACCAACUCGCCGAUGUCUCUACUCGAUUUUAUAUGUCGGUGAGUUGGCGUUGGCGAGUUGAACCGUCGGCGACUUGAUCGUAAUUCACUUAAUUGUUACAGUGGAGUUCACUCCUUUUUGAGGCAAUCUUCAGCUUGAUCAUCCUGUUACAUGUGAAAACAUCAUCAUCAAUGUUACAUUUGAAGGCAUAAGAAAAUUUUAAUCAUUACGAUGUAACGAAAUCUCCCAUUUUAACCCUGUUAGUCCCAUUAGUGACCGAGACAGAAUUUCUCCUAACAUUAUCAGUACGAUAUUAAGCAGACAAGUAAUGAGAAUAAAGAAAAAUAUCAAUAAGGGGAUUAUUGGUUGAUCCAAUUCCAAAUUCCCCAACCUAACAUCAUAACAUCGUAAAUUGUAUGGCAGACAGUAUGGAGAAUUCCCCAUGAAAUCUGGAUAGUUAAAGAGUUAAGACACAUAAUGUAGUCAUAUGUACCAGAAAGACAGCGAAUAAAUGUAACAUACUCAAGUAAAGAGUUCUUAUGGACAAUGAAGUUUCAAACUCAUUGAAAUUAAGUUGACUUCAUGAUUCAGAUCUCAGUUAAAGAAAUGUGUAAUAUCUCUUUACAUGGAUGAAAAGAGAAUGCCAUUUAUGAAAUUUAAAAUAGUAAAUGCCAAUAACUUAAAAAUAGAACUUAAAAAACUACUAAAAUAUGGCAUAUCUAUUCACUGAGAUUUUAAUCAUUAGCUGGCACACAGAGAUAUAAAAGAGGCUUUGUGGAAACCAGGGCAAUAAAAUAGAGAUUCAGGAGAAGCAUAUGACAUUAACUAGUUUACUGAUGUUCUCACCUGAAUUCAAACUGGAAAGAGAACUCUGCAAAACUUCUGUUUUAUCUUAUUUGCAAGCAGGUUAAGGAGGAAAUUAAAGGAAUGGUUACAUGUUAUAUAAAAAAGACCCUUAAUAUGUUGACAAAACUUCCCUAAAUUAUGGUCCCGAUACGAACUUAUCGUUCAUAAUCACUUUUGAAAUUCCGAGACUUCACCUCAAUGAAUUUAACAGAAAAAAAUCAGGAAGGUUACAGAAACGGAUUCUCGAAGACGGCUCUUGAAUUAAAAAACUGUAAACAACAAUUAUUUACGCUAACCAUGUGCUUACCAGCGUGCUUGUGGGCUCAAAUUGCCGGGACCCCGUUUAAUUACACGAUCACAGCUCGGACGCUUCUUGCAAAAUGUGAUGACUAUCAAUUAUAGAGAUUGAUUCUUCAGUUUCCAGCAUUAGGAAAAAGUUAUCGUAUCGCAAUCAUUUUCAUCAUGACCUGAGCACUAAGUACGCCUCAAGAUGUUGAGCGAAGAGAAAGUGGCUCCGUGUUUUGUGAGACAAACCAUUUCCUGAAGUUCGAACGAAUCGAGUAGAAAGCAUGAAAACGUAGCGCUGAAAAGUACCAUGACUAAACAAUGAAAUUCACUCAGUAGGACUAACUCCAUUUUACCUGUGAGUUUGUUUGCACCACACAUUUGCGGUCCGUAAUAUAAUUCUCAGAUGUUUGAAGGGUUCUCACAUGAUAAAAUUGUCAAACUCAAAUUAUCGCGUCAGACUUAAUAUAAACAUGAACAUUGCUGACUCAAUCAAAUUUUAUUUCAAUUUUGGGAAAGGCCAUUACUUCGUUAUCAGGGUAAAAACACUUCGACAAAGCGCGAUUUUUUAAAAUGAGUAGAGUAAUUCCUGCAAUAGUUAACUGAAGAAAGAAAGAAGUAGACACUUGCGCUCGCCGUUCGCUUUCAUUUGAAAACUUUCUAGGUAAAAAAAAUCUGUAAGAUAACUUCUUUUCCCUUAGCACCACGACUGAAUAAGACAUUCCAGACGACAGGACUAGAAAUACCUUGAAGAAUCCAAACACUUUGAAAUGUUAUUCCACAGAUGGCCCAAGCUCACGUCUCGAGAAAAAGCUAACGAUUAAUUCAUGAAAAAAUCUAACAUAAUACUUUUACCUUGUUUAUUUAUGAUUUUAUGAGCUGUUACGAUGAUAACGUUAUGCUCCACCACAUUCUAGCCAGAUUUGAGUUCCAGUUUUUAUAUCUUCUCCAUCUUAUUUUAUCAGUUGCAUGACAAGCGUGACAUAUAAAUUCAAAGAUGUAUCAAUCUCCGAAAUACCAAGAGAUGGAUUUUUUUUCCUCUUUGCACGAUAUCUAGAAAAACCUUUCAGGAACUACUGCAUUUAGAAAACUAAAGAUCCAUCAAUGAUUCCUUUGCCGGCCGAAGUCAAAGUCAAUUUGAUUGACAAGCUAUAUACUGAUUUAGGUAAUUAUCUGUUGUGUAAGCGUCUCAUCUUACAUGCUAACAUGGAAAUUUGCUUUUCAUUUAAAUCGUUCGCUGGCGGAAUUUGUGGGUUUAGUUAUCGAGAAGACCGAGGUUGCGUAUCUCAAGUCGUUUCCUUGCAUAGUUUUAAAAAAGACAUCUCAAGUCACUCGCGGAGUUGCAAGUUUUCAGAUUCAGAAAAUGAAGUUGAUCUUAUUUUGUCGCUUGCCGGCAUCUUCGAGACGCUAACAAGUAUCGAUAAUUUUAAAAUUUGCCCCACACAUAGAUGUUGGGUAGAGUUGUGGUUCCAAUAGUAGAUGUAGAGUGCCUAAAGAGGUGUCCGGCUAUUGCAAUAUGGUAAGGAUAGGGAAAUUGGCAAGCGUGUAUCAUAGGUUGUACUCAAGAUGUCUGGAAAAUUCAUACAGCCUGGCUCCGGUAAGUAGGCUACUUACCACCGUGAGAAAAAUUACGUGUCCCCUCAGACUUAAAUCUCGAUUGGGAAUUGGUCAAUAGGGUACCAAAAAUCCAGACAGAGGCGGAGUUUUCUCUACUAACGUCUGAACACUUUGUUGGCUUCCCGCCGUUUGGCGAGACGCAUAAUUAUACACACGGUGGUAAAGUGCCCUUCCACACAAGCUACUAGACGCUGACAAAACUUGUUUCUCUUCACCCAAAAUCACAUCAAAAUUUGUCCUUGCUAAAUUUCAAGUGUGCUGCACGCAUCAUCACCCCCGGCGGAUACAUUUACAUAACAGGGCGGGGGUGCGCGCCGGGACUUUUGAAAACGACCGUUAUAAAAUUAAUUUAAAAGGUACCUGAGUCUUAUCUGUGUGGGAGUGGCAACAAUUGAUGUCUACCCCUAAAAAGUACCAAUUCAAAAGCAAAAAAUCGAAAAAUCCCAAAAAUAAAAAUUCCUUGAUCGAUGUGCUCUAGAAGCUCAAGUCAGAUCUUGAAAAUCGUCCUAGUAAUGCUUAUUUCAGGUAUUUUAUUGAGCGAAAAAGACCCUAAAACGUACCAGCUAGGUCGCUUUUUUUUUUUUAUUCCUAAAAGGUACGAAGAGCAUCCUUACCCAUUUCCAAUCGCUUUCUCUCCCCCGGUCAGCACCUAGAAACAAAGAUUUGCCUCCUGUGAAAAAAAAUAAGUAAAUUUUGCCGGACUUCGAGUUCGUCUCAAGAUAGAACAACACAAAUACACAAGGAAACUUUUGCAGUAACUCUUUAACAUCCUUUUGUCUUUUAAAAGCUCGAAGCUCAGUAGAGUCUGUCAAAUCGGUCAUUGUUAAAACUUUGUUUUGAUGUUAACAUUGGAAAAGUAUGUCGGAAAAAAUAUUCACCAAAAAAAAAUAUUUCUUUGCCAGCUCCAGUAAUGACAGGGGAUUAAGUUUAGAUGAUAAAAAAAAAGGAUUAUGUUGACAGAAAUACCGGAGGUCGAGUUUAUUCGCUACAUGAGGUCACAACUCGGGUAAUAUUCACAGUGAAAAUUUGCAUAUUUGAGCGGUCGAACGAAAAAAAUCAUUUCUCGAAAAACUAAAAUAUAUUUUCACAAAAAAACUACACCACGCUUAUUAGGACGUAUUGGGCUACAAAACAUGAAAGUAAAAGUGAAAUCGAAUUUUAGGCGAAUUGCCACAAUAUUUCAAAUUUGUGCGAUGGAUGCUAACAUCCUCUCUUAAACACCGUAAUGAUGAAAUUAUCUUUCUUCUUUGGACUGUUAAAAAAAAUAUCAAGCACGAACAUCUCGCGAGUCGUUUUGUGGCCAACCUGUAUUUAACGGUCACUCCGCCAUUCUUCCUGGGUGACCGCUAAAUACAGGUUCGACUGUAGAAUAAAAUGUGCAUGCAAGGAAUAGAAAGCUCGUGCCUACGCUAGCUUGAUCAGUCAACACACUAAAGUAAUUUUUGUCUAAUAUUGAGUGACCGACAUGGAAAAAUAGUAUAGCAAGUCUAGCAAGUUUUAUUGUCAUAUUGAUAAUUUUGCAAAUAAAUUUAUCUAAUCAAUCCAUGCUCCAUUUAAUAGGCCUUUUUAGCGUUGACAGAGGCCAGGAAUGAAGUCGAGAGAACACAAAGGCUCUUGCUAGAAUUAUGCAUGAGCACAGAGGCCUGCCUAAAUAGGAUGAGUGACAAGGACUACGCUCUUCUGGAGAUGGGAGUCAAAAAUCUCAAGACCCAAUUGGUCUACCACAAACAGAGAUUAGAGAGAGAAGAGCACGUCGUGCUUAUUGCAGGUGGGUUGCUGAAAAAAAUUUUGAAAGCUCAUAAUUACGUAGAAGUUGUAGCAUGCGCGCGUGUCGUAACUUACGUUUCCUGCCAGCAGUUCCAUUCGCCCUAAGGCAGACUGUCUGCCACAAGACGACGCCACUAGCUUGCAAAGGAGUAGCAAGAGACAAGGCACGAAUUACUUGACGGACACUACUUAUGUUGCACAGUUUCAAGUCAAUGUCUACCAGACUUCAAUUUAAAUUGCAAUAUAUUCUCCGUUUUAAUUAUGCCUUCGUAUCCGUCAUAGCCAAUAUUUUGGAUUUAAUCGUGUCUAAUCUGUAGAAUGAAUUUUCUCGGCUUACCAUGAAGUGAGACUCAUCAUACAGUAAGUCGUGUGAAGCUCAAUUUUCUUUUACAAAUAAGAAACAAGGGCCGUGCACCGGCUCAUGUUGACAGACGUCACGCAGCGUUUUCCAUACUCGUCUCCUCAUUCGUCGUAAGAGGUUUGCUCAACCCGUCAGGCCAAGAGAGCAACUUUUAGACUGAUUUCACUGAGAAGUCAAAUCUUUCACAUGAGUUCAUACCUUUACAGAGUAUUUGAGAAAUUUGCUUUUCCCGAGUGAUAAACGAUUUGAUGUCGUACGGCCAAAACGCCGACGCUAUAAACUCGAAAGACAGAAACGUUGCAUAUUAUUGUUGUUGUUUUGGUUGUUGUUGUUUUCUUGUUUCAAUUUAAUUAAUUCAUCUUGAUCACAAAACAUUUUCUCUUUCAGAAAUGUAUAUACUGUGAUUUCUUAAACUAAUAAAAACUGACGACGAACAUUUUUCAUCAUAUGUAUCAUCCCUUUUAUGAGCGGGAGAUAAGUCAAAGUAGCUCCCAUGUUUUCCAGACUUUGCGCUUCAGUGGAGUAAUUUUUUUAAAAAAUUUUUUGUCAUAGUAACGCUUCUUUUGUCUUUAGGCGAACAGGGCUCGAGGCAGUUUCCCUUUAACGUCUAGAUUCUUGUCAUUUAUGGUCGUAAAAACGAUGUAAAUUUUUGAUGAGAACUUGUUUUUCAUCUUUAUGAGAAAUUGGCACUUUAAACUUUACCAGGACUUAUCGUAGAUAAUGAUCUGGAAAUUUAAACACAACCAAUUUCAAUUUUUUUUUUAACCUGGUGAUUUUUCUCGACAGGUGAAAGAGAUCCGAAAAAAAGCACGUUGCUGAGUCUGAUUCUUGGGGAACAACUUCUCCCUGACUCUUUUCUUAGCACCUCUUCCAUUAUUUGCGAACUAAGAUAUGGAACAACCCCUAGGCUGAUAGCACACUAUAAAGACGCAGAUCCUGAAACAGGCCUUUACUCAAAGACUAUCCAACUUAGCGAGAUGGCUGUGAACUCUCGACAAAUCUUUCUUCAAGAAACCUCCUCGUUUUUCCCUAAGCAAGAUCUGCAAGGUCCAGUUAUUGAUAAGAUCGAGAUCUUUUGGCCAAACAACCUGCUUAAGGUUGGUGAUUAGCAAGCUGAGGACAUAAAUUGUAAAUUGUGAGCCGAGGGUUGCUAAAAGUUACCAUCAAGUGUUACUCUUGGCAAAUUAGGUCUUGUAAUGUACUGUUGAUUGACGGAUUAUCUUUGACACCUAAUAUAUGUCGUUUUUGCUCGCAAUCUAACCCUUCAGGAGCACAGUUGUAGCUUGAUUUCUUUAUCAGAAAAAAAGUCUAUAGAUAUUUCAACAACAAAAAUUACAAAAGUAGUAAUUAAAGAAAGAGUCAUUUCCCCUGUUUUAGGAUUCACUUACCUCUCAUCGUUAUCUCUCUUAGGAAAGAAUCGUCGUGGUUGACAGUCCAGGAUUUGAAAAAUCACCCAUGGUGGACGAGAAAGUAAAGGCGUCCCUUUCUGAGGCUUUCGCAGUUAUAUGCGUCAUUGACAGUUUAGCACAGCAGCAAAGGGUAAGCUGCAUGGAGAGGUGGAGUUAACGCACCUGCGGCGUUUGCCAUAGCAGGGAUUUUAUUUAUUUAACUUUGCGGUAAAACUGUAAACUGACUAAUACAAUUAUCCCGCGGCAGACGAAUUUUAAACCGCCCUUUUAUUACGUAUUGGACUAAAUUGAUGAGCAAAACUCGCCAGAUAGAAUCUAAGAUGGGAAUGGUAAGCUAUUUUCAUAUAACUUUUAUAACAAUCAAUAACGUUAUUGUUAACGUUGCCACCAUCAUCAGUGUUAUUAAAAUUCUCAUCAUCGUCAUAAUAACUCCUAAUUACUUUUGUCAUCGUUAUUAUUACCAUGGUCGUUAUCAUUAUCUUUAAGAUUAUUUUACUGACCAGAGCAACCAUUCAUAACAGCUUUUGCUUAGGAUAUUCCCCGGUUAAACAUGUUCUUAUUUUUAAUAUCAUUAUUAUGAUUAUUAUUAUAAAGAUUAUUAUUAUUAUUACCCUCGAGGGAAUUUUCAACUCCAUGUGUACAUUUGUCCUCAUAGAUGGAAGAACCAAUCAAACAAUGCAGAAGAGUAUGUCUUGACCAUCUAGAAAACUCGUCAAUUUUUCCUCUUUUCUUAUGUAAGAAUUGGGAUCAAGUAUCUCAAAAAGAGGCUGAUUCCAUCAAAAAUCACGUCGUCGGAAAAGUCAGAGAAUACUGGCCUGAAUUAGACCCAAAUUCUCAAAUCAUUUACAUUUCAUCGCCUCACGCCACAAACGAUGGAACAGUUGUCGCGGAGUCUGCGUUGCUGAUGGAUGCUAUUAAAUCCACCACCUUGAAAAACAAUAAAGCAACGCUGCAAAUGCAGUGGAGGUACGUUCUGUAGAGGGUGUUAAUGGUCCUAAUUUACCUCUUAAGGUUACUUCCCAUCUUCGGAGGCCGAAAAAUUGAUUUUUGUUCUAUUUGACUAAACUGAAUUCAAAUAUUCAACCUAACGUUUCCAUAAAAAAAAUUCUGAAAUCUUUAAAAAACCGAGUUAUUUAGAAAAACUUACUUUCAAAUAAAAGUUAAUAUUUCAGGAAUGUGUUAAAACUGACUACCUUUAUUCAUUACGAAAUCACUAUCUCGUGCUUAUGCUAAUUGCUAGUUGUGUGUGCUGUGUGAAUGCGAAGGUGACAAUUACAUGGUGCAACAAAAACAACUGAGUUCUUUAGAAAAAAUCAACUUUUGAUAAAAUUUAACUUUCAUAUAAAAGUUAAUAAAUCAGGGACGUGUCACAAUCUCGGACCUAAGCGAAUCCCCUGGGGAAAUUUUCGCGGCAACCGCUCAUGUUGAGGCUCAAUUUUCUUGUUAUUUCCACAUUUUGUUUACAUCGCGCACAGGCAGAAAACGGCCGCGUGACGUCAGUUAUCUGAUACGCUAGGUGAACUCUUACAUUGUUUGUAAUUUGCAACGAUCGAUCUGGGCAAGACGCAAGUGAUCCCCAGAAAUGUUGCCUAAAUACCGCAAAUCGUGACGUUUCAUCCCAAAAAUCUCUGCGAUGACAGUCAGAUAAAUAAAGGUCAUUUACCUCUGUUUUUCAUGUUGUUUCGAGUGAUUUUGUGGACGGUUAAUUUCCCACUUUGCACUGAAACCCCUCCGAAGACAAAGGAAAAACACAAGGCGUGCAACUUCCAGGACCGACCGGGCCGAAAGCCUCCAGAACUUCGCCGAAUUUCUUCCGCUUCCAAACGUUGCUCACCUCCCAGCUUCGGGUACGUUAUAAGUCGAUAAUCGUGUAAGAACCAAGCCGAAAAUCAGUGCAGUUGCCCGCCUCUAACCAUCUCAAAAGUCUGCUCGAUUUCCGACAUUCGCGGCUACACGCAGGCUACGAAGAGGUCGAUCAUAAGCCUUCGAUUAGCCGUAUAAAAUUCAAAUUAAUCACUAACUGAGCUCAGAUUUCACCCGACCCUCCCCACGCCAGUGCACAGUGUGUACCGUCUUUCGACCGACACGUUUUUUGUUGAUUGAUGCCUUGUGAAGAAGAAGGUGCAACCAUUUUGCUCGUGCUGCGGCAUACAAUACCCGACAAGUUCAAUAGAAGAACCUUCGUUUGUUUCUCGCCUUACCGGCUCCUAACACUUUUUUAAAAGGAAAAUCGCUUAAUUUAUAUUUUUAUCGUAAACUGCAGGUAUUAAGCUUUCUUCAGAUGUACAGUUUGUUGGGAGUUUAGUGAACCUAAUACGCUUAAGAAUUUUUUUCCCGAAGGACACCCGCGAAGGGGGGAAGUAACCUUAACCUAGCUGGAUUUUGCAUUUUCUUCGUGGUUAAGUGAUGCACUCUUCUUAUCCCAUUACUGUUUUACUUGUGACUCCUUGUAAGAAGACCAGGUUAUGUUUCCUUUAUGUCUUGAUCUAAUAAGAUUCAUUCAUGUGCACAGAGAAAAUUGUAAUUUUACACAUACGUAAAGGCGUAGAAAUUGUCGGGCUUACUUUUCUAGAUGAUUAUUAGAAAGUGAUUUAUGGAGAAACUUGGGUAAAAGCCAUAUUCCCUAACGCCUCGAUAAGCUCAAAAUCGCCACAAUAGCAAUGAAUUUCUUCCUAGUUUGUUAUCCGAUUAGUUUGUCUUAAAGUUUCACCCACAUGGAAUGAUAAAGAAUAAGUUCAAUAAACAUAGUGGUUAAAAAUUAACUUGAAAUUUGCAUACUUUCAUCUCUCAGGUGGCUUGAUUUUGCCAUUUCACGUAUGGUCUACCACAUGAAAAUGGUUAUGGAUCUUCUUUGCCCAUCCACCGAUCGUAAGACCGUCUCUGAACGCUUUCAUUACGCUGAGAGGCAGCUGUGCUCAGUUGAAUGCGAGGUCCAGGAGAAAUUCAGAAAACUGACAGACGAUGCUGUCAGGGAUCUAUCUAACCACCUCCAAACUUGUGAAGUUAUGGAACAAUUUACUUCGUGGACGCUUGACGAUAUUCCACGCACUGGAGAAAGCUGGAAGGAAACCGAACAGUUUAUCCAAGAUGCAUUUAAGGAGCGACUUCAGAACAUGAUUGCCGCGUGGGAAGAAAAAAACCAAAUUUUAUCCAGCACUCGCAGCUCUCUGGUCCAAUUGUCCCACCAGCGAUUUGAUGAAAGCAAGAGUCUACUUCCAUACCAAUACCUAGAGAACCCAGUCAUCGCGGAUGGUGCCACUAGUAGAUCAAAUACUUGCGUGUCUUCAAAUCACUUCGGCGCGGCCAAAAAAGUUAUGAUCGGGCUGACAAGUCCAAUUUGGGUUCCAUUUGGCCUAGUAGGUUUAGCUGUUAGUGUUCCAGUUGUUGGUGUCAUGACACUUAAAGAGAAAGUAACAAAUAUGAAACGUUCAAGAAAAUACGGAAAAGACAACAAUAGAUUCAUCGUGCGAGCCUCCCAGAAAUACCUUUGCAAAGUGGCUCAAGAGCAACAGCUUUCGUUGAUCGUGGAAGAGCAGCUCAAAGAUGUUCAUGUUUACCGUACAAAAGUUUCAUCUCGUUUGCACGAGCUCUUAGCCGCCGACAAAAUACUAUGUCAGCAGCUCAGAGAUGAGACCCGCUCUAGAGAUGAAAUUAAAAAACACUAUGGCCGUUUAGGAGAGAUGAGUGUUAGAGUAAAGGAAAAGAUGGCCCUCUUUUCCAUUAAAGAAUUACAGAGCAUGGAAAUAAGUUGUAAUGACUUGAAGUGGGAUCGAGACGAUCCAUCUUCACUUGUUGGAAAUGGAGAAUCCGCUUCAGUUUAUCGGGGAACAUUCAGGUUACCAGGACAGAGCGAACCAACACAGGUGGCUGUGAAAUUGUGGAGUAAAGAACUAAACGAAUCUACAGCGAUUGGCUUCCUUUCUAAGACAGAAACACUGAGGUUAGUUAUUCUUAAUGUUUUUUUCAAAUGAAAAUUAAUUGAAUGUAAUAAAUAAAAGAGGGCUGUCUAAAGAAGAAUUUAAUGUGACUUGACUAUGAUAGAAAUUUAGAUGAUUUAGGUAGAUCGGUAUGAUAACAUAGCAGUUGAAAAACGCCGAAAUAUUCGGGUACUUUAAAAUCCAAACGAACUUGAAUAAAGAUAGAUGUAACUAUAUUUUUUGCAGGAAGCUUGGCUUUUCCUUUAUUGUCAAGUUCUUUGGGACAGCAUUGCUGAAGGAAGGCGAUCGAUUUCGGGUGAUCCAUGUAUUGGAAUUGUGCGAGGAAAACUUGAUGAAUCAUAUUUUUCAGAAUCCUGAAAAUAAACCUGCAUUUUCCAGAAUAACCUCCGCCAAGAAUAAGGUACUGUGCUGGGCAAAGGACGUAGCUGCUGCUAUAGAGUUCAUACACAACCAGGGUAUUGUUCACCGCAACUUCAAGCUGGAGAAAAUCUUGGUGAGUUUCGAAUAAGUCUGAAUUUGAUUUUUACAGUUGCCUCGAUCUCAGUCUGCAUGUGAGGGUCAGUUCAUCAUUUAUUAUCUAAUACGUUAAUCAAAUAAUUAAGAGUUACAAAUUAAAUGUAAUAUUUGUUAAGAUCCACUUGAGUACUCUUUAAUCUAUAGUUCACGGUGUCAAGUGACGAACUGUAAAUGCUAUUGGUCAAUUUUGCAAGAGGGGCCUUGAAGCUCCUAAAAUGUCCGAAAUUAUUUCCUGGACAUAGUAACUGUGCUCAUAUCAUUCACCUCUUUUCAUAGCUCUCUCAAAAAAAUGUCGUGAAGGUCUCUGGUUUUCGCCCUUCCGAAGAGGCUAAGGUCAUCGCAGACGAGACAACGGGAACCAAUGCAUACCUUGCCCCGGAAGUGAUCCUUUCCAAAGAACACGAUACUAAGGCUGACAUAUACAGCUUUGGUGUAAUGCUUUGGGAGAUGUGGUAUGGCAAGAGAGCCCUCCUUGAAAUAGGGGGACAUGUGCCGGACCAAGAGGCUAAGGGUCCAAGACCUUCAUGUGUACAAGACGCGAUCAUGCCUCCAACUGGCUGGCGAGAUCUAAUGCAGCGUUGCUGGGAUGGAAAUCCCCAGAAUCGACCAGAUGCGGCAGAGUGUCACAAGCUACUGACGGAGCUCUCCCAAGAAGUUUACACACCACCUCUAUGAACACUAGUUAUUAGGUGAUCAUCUUAAACGUAUUUCAUAUUUAAAGAUAGAAUUACUAGGCAACAAUAGCAAUUGCCAGUCUGAUAACAAACUCGUUCUGAUUGCUAUAGAAAAUAGAAGAGUGACAUACAAGGAAACAUGUAUUAUGUUAGAAUACAGUACCUGGCAGACUGAUGCCAGACAAGAAACCAUUUGUAAAGGC